AUUCAAUUAAGAUUCCAUUGCGAUGUGAAGUUGACAUUGACACUUUGAGGUUCUUUCGAUUUCCUUUCAAAAGUUGACACAACAAAAUGUCUAAGAGAGGACGUGGUGGUUCCGCAGGAGCAAAGUUCCGCAUCUCACUGGGUCUUCCAGUGGGAGCGGUGAUUAACUGCGCAGAUAAUACAGGAGCAAAGAACUUGUAUGUCAUUGCUGUACAGGGCAUCAAGGGUCGCCUCAACAGAUUGCCCGCUGCUGGUUCCGGGGACAUGAUUGUCGCCACCGUAAAGAAGGGAAAACCUGAACUCAGAAAAAAGGUAAUGCCGGCAGUGGUCAUCAGGCAACGGAAGCCGUUCAGAAGGCGGGACGGGGUGUUCAUAUACUUCGAGGACAACGCGGGCGUGAUCGUGAACAACAAGGGGGAGAUGAAGGGAUCCGCCAUCACCGGGCCCGUGGCUAAGGAGUGCGCGGACCUGUGGCCCCGUAUCGCGUCCAAUGCCAGCUCGAUAGCUUGAAGUUAAUAUAAGGGUUAAGGAAA